UCUCGGUCUCGCUAGGGUUUUGGGAUUUUAGCCUCCAGCGCCGCCGCCGCCGCCCAGCGAAUUCGACAAGCCCCCGAGCUCGCCGGAUCCGAUGGCCGUCACGUUCUCCGACCUCCACACCGCCGACGGGCUCAAGGCCCUCGAGGCGCACCUCGCCGGCAAGACCUACAUCUCUGGCGAUGGGAUCACCAAGGACGACGUCAAGGUGUUCGCGGCGGUGCCCGUGAAGCCCAGCGCCGAGUUCCCGAACGCUGCCCGCUGGUACGACGCCGUCGCCGCGGCCGUUUCUUCAAGGUUCCCUGGCCAGGCCUCUGGGGUGAGUGCAUCCUCGGCUCCUGCUGCAGCUGCUCCUGCUGCUUCCAAGGAUGAAGAUGAUGACGAUGACAUGGAUCUGUUCGGCGAUGAGACCGAGGAGGACAAGAAAGCAGCAGCUGAGCGUGAGGCUGCCAAGCCUGCAAAGAAGAAAGAAAGUGGCAAAUCCUCCGUCCUCAUGGACAUCAAGCCAUGGGACGAUGAGACUGACAUGAAGAAGUUGGAGGAGGCUGUCCGCAGUGUUCAAAUGGAGGGUCUCACCUGGGGUGCAUCUAAGCUUAUGCCUGUGGGUUAUGGCAUCAAGAAGCUCCAGAUCAUGCUGACGAUCAUCGACGACCUUGUGUCUGUCGACACCCUUAUUGAGGAAGUGCUCUGUGAGGCGCCCAUCAACGAGUAUGUCCAGUCGUGUGACAUCGUUGCCUUCAACAAGAUCUAGAAUCUUUGUUCGCCCACCUGUUGCUGCUGGAUUCUUGGUACUGGGAUUGGUUGAUCUGGAAAACAUUAUGUCGUCCCAUUUAGUUACCCCUCUUACAGAAAUGCUACUGGUUUUGUUUUUGAGUGAUGCCCUGGUCUUGAAUGCCUGCUACCUUUAAAUAGUUGAAUUGCUGAGCGGUUUGUAAUGGCGAAACAUCUAUCAUGUGGAGUAAAAUCAGUCUUUGAUAACUGUGAUAGGAUGAUCCAGAUGUUCUUGUU